AUGGGACAAGAAUGUUAGAAAUGUUAAAUGAAACCAGAUGUACAAUAAAGUGAAAUUAAUAAAAAGGAAGAAAUUAGUUCUGAUUCUGAUUCUGAUCCUGAAAUAGAAGAAGAAGAUGAAAAACAGCCUUGUACUUAUAAACAUUAUUCUAAGAAAAACCACCUUCAAUGGAUAGUAAAUCCAAUUCUUCUACAUUUAUAAAAGAGUAAUACAUAUCAACAGAUUCAAAACAAGAGUAAAUUGAAACUAUUUAGAAUCAACUUAAAUUUGAAGAUGGUGGAAUCUAUACAGGAAUUAUAUUUAAUAAUAUGGCAAAUGGUUUAGGAAAAUUAAUCAUGCCAAAUGGAGAUAUAUAUGAAGGAAAUUUUAUUAACAAUUAUUUAGAAGGUGAUGGAAAAUGUGUUUAUGCAAAAGGACCAAUUUAUACAGGAUAAUUUAAAUAAGGUAAAUCAAAUGGAAUAGGAAAAGAAGUUUGGCCUGAUGGUUCCAUUUAUGAAGGAGAAUUUAAAAAUGGUAAAAAGAAUGGAAAAGGAAUUUAUAAAUGGAGUUAAUAAAGUACAUAUAAUGGAGAAUGGAUGGAUAAUAUGAUUAAUGGAAUAGGAAAAUAUGAAUGGCCAGAUGGUAGGGUAAUUUAUUCAUUAUUUAGAAUAUAGUCUUAUUAUGGAUACUGGCUCAAAAAUCAAAUGCACGGAAGAGGAUAUUAUCGAUGGAGUGAUGGAAAAUACUAUGANAAUUAACUUAAGACAGUUCGAACAAUCUAAUUUGAAAUUUCAGGAAAAGAGUCUAAACGCUAACCUUAUUUUGGUGCUUCAACACUAACUAAUCUUUUAAUUGGUAAUAGUUAAUUGAAUAAAGUAUGUUCUUUAACAUUAUUUGUUUCUGAAAAAAAUCAUAUUAAUAGAAUUACUUAAUCCAAUUCUAACAAAAUCAUCAGCUUCUUAUUCUCCUACAUCACAAUCCUCAUUUUUAUUUAUUUAUUUUUCUAAUACUAUCAAUUAAUUUUUAUUUUAGACAAUAGGUUGUGAACAACAAACAUUUGCAUUACCCAUUUUAUUAUUAUUUUUAUAUUACAAAAUCAAAGUGAUAUUUUAUCUAUAUCACAUGGGACAAGAAUGUUAGAAAUGUUAAAUGAAACCAGAUGUACAAUAAAGUGAAAUUAAUAAAAAGGAAGAAAUUAGUUCUGAUUCUGAUUCUGAUCCUGAAAUAGAAGAAGAAGAUGAAAAACAGCCUUGUACUUAUAAACAUUAUUCUAAGAAAAACCACCUUCAAUGGAUAGUAAAUCCAAUUCUUCUACAUUUAUAAAAGAGUAAUACAUAUCAACAGAUUCAAAACAAGAGUAAAUUGAAACUAUUUAGAAUCAACUUAAAUUUGAAGAUGGUGGAAUCUAUACAGGAAUUAUAUUUAAUAAUAUGGCAAAUGGUUUAGGAAAAUUAAUCAUGCCAAAUGGAGAUAUAUAUGAAGGAAAUUUUAUUAACAAUUAUUUAGAAGGUGAUGGAAAAUGUGUUUAUGCAAAAGGACCAAUUUAUACAGGAUAAUUUAAAUAAGGUAAAUCAAAUGGAAUAGGAAAAGAAGUUUGGCCUGAUGGUUCCAUUUAUGAAGGAGAAUUUAAAAAUGGUAAAAAGAAUGGAAAAGGAAUUUAUAAAUGGAGUUAAUAAAGUACAUAUAAUGGAGAAUGGAUGGAUAAUAUGAUUAAUGGAAUAGGAAAAUAUGAAUGGCCAGAUGGUAGGGUAAUUUAUUCAUUAUUUAGAAUAUAGUCUUAUUAUGGAUACUGGCUCAAAAAUCAAAUGCACGGAAGAGGAUAUUAUCGAUGGAGUGAUGGAAAAUACUAUGAUGGAGAAUAUGAAAAUGAUAAAAAGUCUGGAUUUGGUAUAUUUAACUGGCCUGAUGGAAAACAAUAUUAAGGAUAUUGGCUAGAUGGAAAACAACAUGGAAAAGGACUUAUGAUUAAUAAAGAAGGAAAAAAAAAAUUUGGAGAAUGGCAAAAUGGCAAAUUAAUUAGCUGCUCUGAUGAAUCUAAUUUAUAACUUAUUCCAGAUGGUUGGUUUCUCAACACUUUUAAUUAAUGA